GCGGCGGGCACGAUGACGGAGUACAAGUUGGUGGUGGUUGGCGCAGGAGGCGUGGGCAAGAGUGCCCUCACCAUCCAGCUCAUCCAGAACCACUUUGUGGACGAAUACGACCCCACCAUCGAGGACUCGUACCGCAAGCAGGUGGUGAUUGACAGCGAGACGUGUCUGCUGGACAUCCUGGACACGGCCGGGCAGGAGGAGUACAGCGCCAUGCGCGACCAGUACAUGCGCACGGGCGAGGGCUUCCUCUGCGUCUUCGCCAUCAACAACUCUAAGUCCUUCGAGGACAUCCACCAGUACAGGGAGCAGAUCAAGCGUGUCAAGGACUCGGACGACGUGCCCAUGGUGCUGGUGGGCAACAAGUGUGACCUCCCAGCACGCACAGUCGACACCAAACAGGCGCAGGACCUGGCGCGCAGCUACGGGAUCCCUUACGUUGAGACGUCCGCCAAGACGCGGCAGGGCGUGGAAGAUGCGUUCUACACCCUGGUGCGUGAGAUCCGGGACCACAAACUGCGCAAGAUGAACAACGCCAACAACAAGGACGAGUGCAGCGUGUGCAGCUGCGUGCUCUCCUGA